ACCGCUGUGACUAACUUGACACUUUGACAAAAAAGAAAAAGCGAGAGAGGGGGGAGGUAAGUAAUUAUUUAGGGGGGGAAGAAAGAAAGAAACAAAGUUGUCGACCGUGCAUUGCACACGGGGAGGGAUUUUAUUUAUCCAGCAGCCGUCCAGCCGCCGGUCUGUUUGGGAUGUAACCGAUAACGGAGCACCGGUUUCCCCCUGUCCGCGUUUCCUUCUCUGCCUCUUCCAAACUUCUACCGCUACUAUCCCACCGAGUCAAGCCGGGACAGGAAUGAUAAAAGCAGGCGAGCACAGGCGGAUGGACGGACGGACUGAGGAGCGCCGUGUUGUGUGUGUGUCGUUUUAAUUUAGUUAUUUUUAUUUUUUAUUUUUUUAUUUUUACGCCCUGAGAUGAAUGGCAGAAGUCGGGUGAGUCGACUAUCGGUGCACAAACGGAUUUAUUUUCUUGUCUACACUGGACCCACAUGAAGUAGUUGUUGUAGUAGUGGUGGUGGUUGUUGUAACCAGCGCUUUGUGUUAUUUAAAAAUAUAUAUACUCAUAGACACACACACACUUCACCGGAUACACCAACUUUAUCCAAAGUGUGUUUAAGACUGGUGUGUUUUUAAAAAGAUGCAGAUGUGGAGGAGCCACAUGAGGGUCCACAAAGGAGGCCCUCCACGACCAUAGGUCACGCCGAAGUGAUCUUUCCUUUCCUUUUCAUGUUUCCUUGACUUGGAAAAAUAAUUAGUCCAACACAAUCCAAUGGAUUCUUCCUCCCUGCCACAGCCUACAUGUACCUGUGGAUUUUCCACAUGAUGACUCAGAGGACUUAAAAGUCAUGUAACCACCCUGAAAUGUCUUAAAAAGGUCUUUAUUUAUCUGUUAUUGGUAUUUAUUGUGUGUGUAUAUAAGGUUUCAAGGCCAGUAGUGAUUUACUUGAACAUCUUUUGUUCUGCUGUGUGUCUACCCACACUGUAUUUGAGCACAUUAAAGAAGAAGCUGUAGGACUUUGACUUUGCCCAGACAGGUUAAAAACCCGCGAUAAGGCUUCAUCAUGGACAGGCCGAUAAGCAAAUUAUUGGAGAAGUUAAAGCUAACGGACUCGGGGAGUGUGAAAUUCAACAGUUCAAAGAAAAAACACGACUCUGCCAACAACUCUAAUAACAGCAACGCCAAUGCUGGCAUCUCCGGAGGCAGCGGUGGGGGCAGCGGUCUGCCACCGGCUCCCAGCUCUGCAGCUGCCUCGCCCUCGAGACCUGGCCAGUUCUCAAGCGAUGCAUGUGUUCCAGCGAGUGGGAGAGGAGGUGGAGGAGGAGGAGGUGGUGGUGGUGGUGGAGGAGGAGGAGGGAUGGGUAUGCCUCCCUCUCAGCUCCUCACCCCGCCGCCACCUUCCUCCACGGUGGGUGCCAUACCUCCAGAUGGUGAGCAGCAACUUCACCCUUCCACCUUGGCACCGCUGAGGCGUCGCUCGCCCCAGCAAAGAGCUUCCUGGUACCUGGGCGAAGGCGUCGAUUUCCACCCGAGGCGCGAGUCUGGUCUAGGUCCAGAGUGUGACCCCAUGGGAGCGUUUGGUUCAAAGGCGUCCCUCAAUCAGCGGCGCUACUCCCUCGAGCUCCAGCAGCUGGUCAGACGGCAGCAGCUUCUCUCCCAGCCGCCGCCUCUCUCUGUUCCCCCGCCAUACCCGGCCGCCGCGGGAUAUGGGUCAGCUCCCAGAGGUGGUGGCGGUGAUGCCAGCCUGGCAGAGCCGGGCUACCUGUCCGAGCCUGAGAGGCACAAACGCCUCUCCCUGCAGGAGGCUCUGUUUUACAAACGCCUGAGCACGGGCAGUGAACUGUGGGAGAGCCCCAGGCCUGCAUCCCUCUCUCAUCCACCACAUCGCACAUUUGAUGUUCCCGGAGGAGGCGUUGGAGGAGGCUGCUUUUAUCCUCCAGGACCAACCCAGAGUCCGAGCCCGUCAUUCCAGGAGUCGGUGCUGGUCAGUCCGAGGUCCAGCUUCGCCUCCAGCACGGCCAGCGGCGGCGGAGGGGGUAGCCCCAUGGGGAGCCGCUGCAGCAGCAAUCGGACCAGCGGCAUCAGCCUGGGCUACGACUCUCGCUACUCUGCCUCUGGAGGCUUCCCUCCACAACAGCAGUCCCCCUGCAUGCAGACCGGGGGCUGUGCGGCUGGUUACGGUGCUCCAGGUAGGGCUGGGGUAACCCCUGUGGAGGCCUGGACUCAAUACCUGGACGGAGGGAUGCGUCCAGGGGCCCACGAUAGCCGACACUCCUACCCACCUGCUGUUGGAAGUCCAGGAGCGGCGUGCUACCAGGCCGGCCCGGAGUGGUGGGAAGAACAGCAGGCAGGAAUGAGAGGCAAAGACGGGGGUGCCCGAUACUCAGAUCUGCCCGGCACCCGGUACCAAGAAGAGCUCACCCGACUCCUGCUGAGAGAUGCAGCGCUGCAAGGCGAGGGGCUCCUGGACGGCCUGAUGCUGAAGGAGUCUCUGGCCCUGACAGCUCUUUCCAAACCGAGUGCGUCAACGCUGGGGCCUUGCUCAGCCGGAGGGCCGGUCAAACCUCUGGAGGAUCCAGGAGUCGGAGGUGGGAGGGAGGCCACGGAGAACCGCCAGGAGUUCUUUGGAACCUGCGUGAAGUGUGGGAAAGGCGUGUACGGGGCGGACAAUGCCUGCCAGGCUCUGGACAGCCUCUAUCACACACGCUGCUUCACCUGUGUGUCCUGUGGACGCACCCUGAGAAACAAGGACUUCUACAAUGUCAGCGGCUCUGUGUACUGUAAAGAGGAUUACAUGUUUUCAGGAUUCCAGGCUGCUGCUGAGAAGUGUAGCGUGUGUGGCCACCUUAUUCUCGAACAGAUCCUGCAGGCUCUUGGGAACUCGUACCAUCCCGGCUGUUUUCGCUGUGUGGUGUGCUCCAAGGCUCUGGAUGGGGUGCCUUUCACCGUGGACCAUCACAGCAACAUCUACUGCGUGGCGGACUACAACAAGACUUUUGCCCCGAAGUGCGCUGCCUGUUUACAACCCAUCUUACCUACUGAGGGCAGUGAAGAGAUCCUCAGGGUCGUGUCUAUGAACAAAGACUAUCACUUUGAGUGCUAUCACUGCGAGGAGUGUGGCAAGCAGCUCUCUGAUAAGCCCGGCUCGCAGUGCUUCCCUCUGGACUCUCAUCUCCUCUGCCACUCCUGUCAUAUGAGCAGAGUGUGCACCACACACAAUAUUCCCCCUCACAACACACACUGAGCGGCGUCUAUGCGGCUGUGUGUGUGUUCAGAAAGAAAAGCUGGUCUUAACAUGCUGUCGUUCUCGUGCUUUUUUCUUUCUUUUUGCUCUUCAAAAGAUGAAACUGCUGAUAUUAAGACACUUCCACUGAUUCUUUGACUUGGAUCAGUCCCCUUUGUCACAUGUACUGCCUGCUGUACUAUUACUGUACCAUAGUAAUAAGGGAACGGGAAAGAAACUACUGCUUUUUUGUUUUUUUACCCCAAUGUGGCUACUGUUUGCUGUAGAAGAACAAGGGAUUUUUUUUUUUUUUUUUUGCUAAAACUGUUUUUGUACAUAUUAUCGCUAGCAAACAUUUUGCACUUAAAUUUAACUUUACUGUAAGAUUUGUUACGUGAAUCUGUAAAAUUUUGGGGAAAAACAUUACUGUAAUUUCUGUUGUAAUAAAUAUUUUCAUUUGUGUUCAGACAACGGUCUGCUGACAGGCAUUAGGUCUCACAUUCCUGACGCGUUCGUCAUUAAACGGACGAGCUCUUGCUGAGAAAUGACAAAACGAUAAGCGGAAAAAGUUGGUAACCAAUUUAAAUUUUUAUUUUUUUUAAACUUCUCAGUACAUUCAGCACUUGCAGGAGAAAAAAAAAAAGCAACAAAACUGUUUCAAACUAAAGACAUAAAAUUAAAGAUAUUAAAAUUGCAACUAUUUAGAAGGUAUAUUUCUCGUUUUUUACCUCCUUAAAUAUAUUUGAUUGACAGGUCAGAGGAGGGACUUCAGUGCAGGGAAGGUCAGCUUCCCGUUAUCAUGACAGAAUAAACCACACCAUCGUCGUCAUCAGCCAAAAAAAAAACAUCCAGUUGAAGAUGAGCUCGUCACGCGGACGCCUCCAGCAUUAACCGCAACAACACAUAAAAAAAAAAAAUUAAAAAAAACAUUUUCUAGGCUACAGUGUUGAGACUUCGGUACCAGUUGUAUCUUCGUGGGAGAGAGAGAUGAAGGUUAUUACUCGCACACAUCACCUGCUGUAGCACACAACACCACCCUUCAAGGCUGGAACAAAAAAAA